GUUUCUAGCCGGACAUGAAAACCAGGCGGUAUUUUUAACCUCUUGUAGAUGAUGCAUGUCGCUGUAAUACUUUCAUUUUAACUUAUUUUACAGAUUAUCACGACGUCUACGCUAUUCGUGCACACGAUCACACAUCAGAAAUAUGAGAAUAUAAGUGGUCUUGAAUACUUCUCAUGGCUUCGGUUUGGACAGAUAUUCGGGCUGUUUUGCCCUCGACUGUGUCUGAAUUUCCUCUUGACUUUAGUGAAAAGAUUGAACUCAGUGUGCUGAAGUGUCUCGAGCUGUCCAGAGAUCAGCUGUACAGUGAAGCAGAUUGUCCAGUUUCUGCCGAAAGAGCCCAGAUCAUUAUAGAUUACUCCUGGGAGAAGCUCAACAUUGGCACAUGGAGAGAUGUGGACAAAGAGUGGAGGAGAGUUUACUCUUAUGGCUGCUUGUUCAAAGUAUUAAGUUUAUGUCAUGGAAAUCCACCUCAAAACAUCAUUCAGGAGGCCAUUAGGACGUGUGACAUGAGUUUGUUGAUGGGAGCAGCCAUCAUGGACAACAUUCUGCAAAGACUGGUUGGCAUCUUGAGGAAUAAAAUUAAAACGACGAGUCCAAACAAAGCAGAGUGGAGCGAAGAGCCAUGUUCAAAGAAAAGGAAACAUGACUGUAAAUCCGAGCCUGUAUUAAACCCCACUAAGGAAGUUCCCAGGAUUCACUGUCCAUCUCUGGAGCGCUUCAGAUCAGAUUUCCUCGAUUCUAAGAAGCCUGUGAUCAUAGAGGGAAUAACUGACCACUGGCCAGCUUUCACUCAGCAUCCAUGGAGCAUAGACUAUUUAAGGACUGUCGCCGGCUGCCGGACGGUACCGAUUGAAGUGGGAUCCAAGUACACAGACGAAGAGUGGUCACAAAAGCUCAUUACAGUGAAUGACUUUAUAGACCGCUACAUUACAGGAACCGAGGAAGAUGGAGUGGGAUAUUUGGCUCAGCAUCAGCUGUUUGAUCAGGUUCCAGAGCUGAAAGAAGACAUUCGUAUCCCAGACUAUUGUUGUCUUGGAGAGGGAGAUGAGGAUGACAUUACAAUCAAUGCCUGGUUUGGGCCUGGAGGGACUGUCUCUCCUCUUCAUCAGGAUCCUCAACAGAAUUUUUUGGCACAGGUGGUUGGACGAAAAUACAUCCGGCUUUACAGCCCAGAGGAAACAAAAAGUCUGUAUCCACACGAGUCGCAGCUACUCCAUAACACCAGUCAGGUGGAGGUGGAGAAUCCAGACCUGGUGAAGUUUCCAGAUUUCAGUAGAGCCUCUUAUGAGGAGUGUGUUCUCUGUCCUGGGGACGUCCUCUUCAUCCCACUACAGCACUGGCAUUAUGUGCGAUCCCUAGAGCUCAGCUUUUCUGUCAGCUUUUGGUGGUCCUGAUUUGUACUGAAUAAACCAGCAUUCUCAGUU